GCGCGCUCUCCGCUGCCGCUCGUUCUUUGUCCUCCAUUGCAGCUGGUGUUCGCAGCUCCACCACACAGCGCAGGCCCGAAGUAGCGCAGCCGCUCUGAGAAACUGUAUUGUGUGAUGGAAGACCACACGGUGCAUCAAACGGAGCACAUGACAACCAUCGAGGCCCACGCCGUCUCUCAGCAGGUGCACUUAGCCACGUACACGGAGCACAUGCUAAGCGCUGAUGAGGAUUCGCCCUCCUCACCCGAUGACGAUGCUUACGAUGACUCUGACAUCCUCAACUCAACUGGGACAGAUGAGGUCACUGCACACCUGGCUGCUGCAGGACCUGUUGGCAUGGCAGCAGCCGCCGCCGUGGCAACUGGGAAGAAACGUAAACGGCCACAUAUAUUUGAGUCAAAUCCCUCAAUCCGAAAAAGACAACAAACUCGCCUGCUUAGGAAGCUGAGAGCUACUCUAGAUGAGUACACAACACGGGUUGGCCAGCAGGCUAUUGUGUUAUGCAUCUCUCCUUCUAAACCAAACCCUGUAUUUAGAGUGUUUGGAGCUGCUCCACUAGAGAAUGUGGUAAGGAAAUAUAAGAGCAUGAUUUUGGAGGAUUUGGAGAAUGCUCUGGCUGAACAUGCACCCCCUGGUGGUGGAGAACUCAGUUCUGAACUUCCUCCACUCACCAUUGAUGGCAUACCAGUGUCUGUAGACAAGAUGACACAGGCCCAGCUCCGAGCAUUCAUUCCAGAAAUGCUUAAGUAUUCCACAGGCCGUGGGAAGCCUGGCUGGGGGAAAGAGAGCUGUAAGCCCAUCUGGUGGCCAGAGGAUAUUCCCUGGGCUAACGUUCGCAGUGACGUCCGGACAGAGGAGCAAAAACAGAGGGUGUCAUGGACGCAAGCCCUGAGGACUAUCGUGAAAAACUGCUACAAGCAGCAUGGGAGAGAGGACCUGCUCUAUGCCUUUGAGGACCAGAUCACCACACAACAAGUUACCACAACAGCCACACACAGCAUUGCGCACCUGGUGCCGUCACAGACCGUGGUGCAGACGAUCAGUAAUCCUGAUGGAACAGUCUCGCUCAUACAGGUUGGCACUGGAGCCACAGUAGCAACACUGGCAGAUGCAUCAGAGCUGCCAGGUACAGUGACAGUCGCCCAGGUGAAUUACUCCACAGUGACAGAUGGAGAGGUGGAGCAAAAUUGGGCCACACUACAGGGUAGUGAGAUGACCAUACAGACUACGCAAGCAUCCGAAGCCACGCAGGCUGUGGCCUCCUUAGCUGAAGCUGCUGUCGCUGCAUCACAUGAGAUGCAGCAGGGGGCAACAGUUACCAUGGCGCUCAACAGACAUCUAUCUCAGAUCUGUCAGAGCCAGAGGGCCAUUUGUAGGCCAAGUAACCAAUAUCAUUCCCUGAGUGAAGCAGCAGCUCAUGCAGUGGCGACAUUAGCGGAAGCCACUCUUCAGGGCGGAGGGCAGAUCGUCUUAGCAGGAGAGACAGCAGCCGCAGUAGGAGCUUUAACUGGAGUUCAGGAUGCCAGUGGUCUCGUCCAGAUUCCAGUCAGCAUGUAUCAGACAGUCGUCACCAGUUUGGCGCAGGGAAAUCGACCUGUUCAGGUCGCAAUGGCUCCCGUAGCCACACGCAUCGACAAUACGGUAACACUUGACGGACAGGCGGUGGAGGUGGUGACCCUAGAACAGUGACAUACACUGCCCCUGCAGAUGUGUGGGACAGGAAGUUCCGCACAUACAUAAAGGAAGUAACUGCUGGAAAAUAUUGUAAAAAAUAAUAUUUUUACCUGUUAAUACAUCUGCAGGGGUCAAAAGAUUUUUUCUGUAUAUUUUUAUUUUUACCUUGUAAACAAUUAAUUGUCUUUAUUUUUCUGCUGAGUGUUAUCUUUGUUAAUGUUAGUUAAUUUUUUUUAGCUGAUGUUUGAUAAAUGUAUUGCAGAGUAUACUUAGAAUUAGUUGUAGACUAAAUCUUUUUCUACAGUUACAGUAAAAGGAAAUUAUCAACCAACAUUUUCACACGUCAAGAACUUGGUGGCAUAAUUUGUUUUCUGCAUUCGUUGUGGUUCAUUUUUCCCGUAUAAGGCAUUAAGUGUGUGCGCUCUCUCUCUUUUUUUCUCUCUCUCUCUCAGUUUUUAUCUAGGUUUGUGCUUAUAUAUAUUGUGAACCAACUUGUGCCAUGAUUUUAGUAUUAGAGCCCAUUACCCUUGACUACUGAGAUGGACAUGCAUACAUGUAUGGUUUUUGAUUUUUCUUGUUUUGUCACACUGCAAAACAUAGAAUUGUCAAUCAUGCAUUUCAUAUGAACUCUCAGUGGGGGAAAAAAACUAUGAUCUUGACUGAUUAAGUGGUAUAUUGAAUGAGAGCACCAUUUCCUGUUGGUACAGAUUUGCUUUGAAAUUUGAACACUGUCACUCAGCUCUAUUUAUAGUCUUUCAUUGAAUUGUACUAUUAAUAGAUGACUAUAAAUGUUGACUUACCAAUGACAAGGUGGAAGAUGUAGCACUCCGUAUCAUACUUUUUAUACUUCCGAAAAUAAACAACUUUACAUACGCAUAGCAUUAUGGAAAAUGAAUCUACAUAUUAUGAAACUGCUGGGGAACGUGUUUUAUUUAUUUUUAUUUAUUUUUCAUUAAUGUUUUUGUUUAGAUCUGUGCUCAUAUCCUUGAAAUCAUACACAAGACAAGGAAAUGUCAUAAGUGGUGUCAAGAUUUUGAAGUCAAGAAAACCACAUGUAUUUUGAAUUCUGGUGGUAUUACAUUGCAAAGUGGCAUAACUAAAAACUCAUUCUAUCUCUUUCAAUGUUUUUGUUAUAUUGUAUCUACAAUGCAAUAUACAUUUUUUGGUGUUUGGCAGUUUUCAAAUCAGAUCACCUGUACAGUAUGUGCAUUGACUUGCUUUGCUAUGUUUCCUGCUCUUGGACAGUUACAAUUUGUAUAUGCCUGUACGACCACAUAGUAUCAACCUUUUUAUGUAAAACUUGCAAAAUAUACAUUUUGAUGAAACCAAACCCUCCUACAUUGCUUGUCAGAAUGGUGGUGACAUUGUUUGGCACCACAUGUCAGAGUUUGUCUUUACAUUUUAUCCUCUCUUAAAAUAAAAUGGCCACUAUU